CGCGGUCUCCGCCCAAAAGCCCUACUAUAAAAGGACCACCGAAGCCCGUUUAACUCCCGUUUACCAGCCUUCCCUUUUGGUCCGCUCCAUCGUCGGCUCCCUUUCCUCUUUCCGUCGCCUCCCAUGGCUUCUUCCACCGUUAAUCGCUGGCUGAGGCCCGAGGUCUAUCCACUCUUUGCGGCGGUCGGGGUGGCUGUGGGGAUCUGCGGCUUCCAGCUGGUCCGCAACAUUUGCAUCAACCCUGAAGUGAGGGUCAGCAAGGAAGGCAGGGCUGCAGGAGUGCUGGAGAACCAUGCUGAAGGAGAGAAGUAUGCUGAACAUGGUCUCAGAAGGUUCGUUCGCAACAAAGCCCCUGAGAUCAUGCCGUCGAUCAAUAGGUUUUUCGCUGAUCCCAAAUGAAGCCUAUUUGACCAAAAUAAUGCAAAACAUUUAUAGUGGUUUUUAGUUGUUACUCUUGUUCAACUUGGAUAAUAAUUGCGCCAAAUAUGGCCAUGAGAUUGGACAACGUGUUUGUGAUGCUAUUGGACCCGUCAAGUUAUAAUAUGAAGUGUUUGUCAUGUUGAACAUGCAUCGUUUUGGUUUUCCUUGAGAAACUUGAUGACCUGUGAACAGAUGUAUAUCUAUGGUUUGAUUUUUUCCCCUUA